AUGCAUUGCGUCUUGUUUACAGCUGUCUUGUUCAGGCUCGUCGGCAAUUCUGUGCUGGCGGUGGUGUCCGCAGCUGCGCGAGACCCUGGGGCAAGCCUGGAGCAAGGUGUCUUUGCUCACUCAGUGGGAGAAGCUGUUCGGGCUUCCUUUGCGCACAGUCUGGUGACCUGCGGCCCGGGUCUUGCUGGCAGCCUCCGGGCACUGGGGUGGACCCUCUACUCCACACUGAGGGCGUUCUUCGUCACGGCAGUGGCUGCGCAACUCUGCACCGGCACGUCUGCACAGCAAUGCACUUAUUGGAGAUACGUUCUGCCCUGGUACCUUCUGAACAAGAGCGGCGUAUCCGACCAGACUUUGGGGCGCUUGCUGGGCGAGCUCACACACGACCCUGCGCUCAAGGAACUCUUCAAGGAGCACGCUCGCGUGCGCGCUCUGGAGCACUGCGGUGUGGAGGAGAAGCGGAGAAUCUCGGAGCUGGACCUGGCACACUGGGGAGGCUGCCUGGCGUGCCAGUACUGGGGUGUCUCGCCCCGAGCCUUCCGGCGUGAUUGGAAUUUGCAUGUGCGACUCGCAGCCGCGCUGCAUGUGCUGGACGACUACCUGGACCAGCGCGAAGACCAAGAGUUGGGGGCCUACAACUACUUUGUGAACCAUCCCGAGCCCAAGGAAGUGGCCUGGUGGAUUCAAGAGACCCUGUGCUGCCGGGCAUAUUUUGCUGAAACUGGUCAGCUUUCCAUCGUGCGGCUCAUUGACGGCUCCUUGACCUUCUAUGGCUUGGCCGAUGAGUUCAUGUUUAGGACCUUCUUCGCGCAGUGCGACACCAACGGCCCAGAGUUUGUGGCGCCCCGAGGGCUGAUUGCCUGGAGGUGGUUGUUUGCUCGGGUGUUCUGA